AGCCGGGCCCACCCCUGUGCUGACCACCGCCCACCGUACGACCGGAUCCGUUGCGGCGGACGCGGCGGGAUGACGACAUCCUCCGACGGGCGGGAGACGUGGGGGCGCCUGUGUCUGCCUGUUGCUCCCCUCGAGGUACGUGAUGUAGUAUAAGUUAUCCCCAGCGCAGGAUCGGAGGAAUCGACUGUUCGAGAGACGAAGGGAAGGGUCGCAGCAGCAGUGGCCAGCGAUGAUGGCGUUCUUCGAGGAAAUGGAGUCGUCGUACGCCCCUUACCUCCGCACCCACCUCCAGCUGAUAGCAGCGUCGGUCUCCACGGCGAGCUGCGGCGCGGCGGGCAGCGAUGACGAGGAUUGCCGCGACGAGGCGGUGGCGCUGCGGCUCAAGAUGGUGGCCGUCGUGGCGAUACUAGCGGCGGGCGCGGCUGGCGUCGCGAUCCCCCUCGUCGGCCGCGCCCGUGCCGGGGCGGCGUCGGCGUCCUCGUCCGGCGGGGCGUUCGUGCUCGCAAAGGCGUUCGCCGCGGGGGUGAUCCUGGCCACGGGGUUCGUGCACAUGCUGCACAACGCGCAGGAGGCGCUCACGAGCCCCUGCCUCCCGGCCGCGCCGUGGCGGCGGUUCCCGUUCCCGGGGUUCGUCGCCAUGCUCGCCGCGCUCGGGACGCUAGUCAUCGACUUCGUCGGCAUGCACCUGUACGAGCGCAAGCACCGCAGCGAGGAGGACGCCGCCGCAGCAGCCCUUGCCAGCGUCCAAGAGGAGACCGUGGCGCUGCUCGAGGACGGUGCUGCGCUCACGGGUAUCACGGCGGCUUAUGGCGGCGACGACGAAGGGAGGGACGGGGGAGGCCAGGACGCCAUGCACAUUGUCGGGUUGCGGGCGCACGCCGCUGCCCACAGGCACAGCCAAACUCAUGGGCAUGGCGCGGGCGAUGGAGGAGCGGUGUAUCAGUAUGACAGCCACGGACAUCGCCGUGGACAUGGACACGACGAGGAGCCGUCCCAAGCUCGUCACGUCGUUGUCUCACAGAUUCUCGAGCUUGGGAUUAUAUCGCACUCGGUGAUCAUCGGGCUAUCGUUGGGCGUCUCUAAUAGCCCAUGUACCAUCAAACCUCUGGUUGCUGCUCUCUCCUUCCACCAGUUGUUUGAGGGUUUUGCAUUGGGUGGCUGCAUUUCUGAGGCUCAGUUCAAUAAUUUCUCUGCACUCCUGAUGGCCUUCUUCUUUGCCAUCACGGCACCUGCUGGGAUUACCGUGGGGGCGGGCAUCGCAUCGUUCUACAACCCCAACAGCCCUAGGGCUCUGGUGGUGGAGGGCAUGCUGGAUUCGAUGUCCGCCGGUAUACUGAUCUACAUGGCCUUAGUGGAUCUCAUUGCUGCUGAUUUCCUCAGCAAGAGGAUGAGCUGCAACCUGAGGCUUCAAGUUGGCUCGUAUAUCGCCUUGUUCCUGGGUGCCAUGGCCAUGUCAUCUCUGGCCAUCUGGGCUUAGUGAGAAGGCUGGAAGUAAGGCAAAGGCUUGAGAGAAGCUGCUUUCCUCUCAUUGCAGGAGUUGCUCUCAAGCUCCUUGUAAGUUGUUUUCUUUUCUUGAUAAAGAUUGGGGGGGGGGGGGGGGUGAUUUUCUUUCCUUCUGUUUUUUGUUCUUGUUUUUCGGUGGUGGGCCAUGUAUGUCCCUCUUUUGGGCAUGCAAAACAAAGCUCCUCUUUGGGAUACAUUGUGAUGGAUAGAGGAAUAGGGAUGAAUACAGUUCUGGGAAUAAAGAGUUCUUGGGUUCCAACAGUCUUUGCAGAUGUAUAUUAAAUCCUGGGUGUUAGAUCAGAGAACACUUUCCAAUCUUUGGAAACGUAAUGCACGAAUGUGGAUCCUGGAAACUGAAUUGUCGGAAUAAUGUUGCCUAUGUUUGCUUUGACCUCUAGGUUGAGUAUCAGGUGUGUUCUCAAAUGAGAAUGAUUUCCCCUCUGUUGCUUCUACUCUCUUUAUUUUGAGUUAACAGAAUAUGUAUAUAUAAUCUUUCUUGACUUGCAUUCAGAUCUGAUGAAUAUGUAUGUU